AUGGCAGACGACUUUGAUACAGGGGAUAUGUUCAAGGACCCAGAGGGCUUCUAUCCGCCUGAAAAAGAACCUACUUUUGCAGAGCACAGGAUGCUCUCAGGCCAGCUAUUCCCGAAUUGGCUCAUGGUUUUUGGCACUAACAUCUCUAUGGAGGGAAAUAUGCUCUGGAAUGCCGGCCGCAUAAGUUCAGAAUAUAUCGAGACGCACGCCCCCACACUCAUCGCUGGAAAGGACGUCCUCGAAAUCGGCGCUGCGGCGGGAGUGCCCAGCAUUGUCAGCGCAAUUAUGGGCGCCCGGACCACUGUGAUGACCGACUACCCCGAUCCGGAUCUCGUCGAUAACAUGCGCCAGAACGCCGAUGCCUCGGCGUCGAUGAUACCUACCGACCCGCCGUCGUCGCUUCACGUCACAGGUUACAAAUGGGGCAGUGAUGUUGAGCCGCUCAAAGCGUAUUUACCUGAGGAGUCGAGGGCCGAUGGGUUUGAUGUGCUCAUCAUGGCGGACGUCGUGUACAGCCAUCGCGAACACGGGAAUUUGGUAAAAACGAUGCAGGAGACACUGAAGCGACAAAAGGACGCUGUUGCACUGGUCAUUUUCACGCCGUAUGAGCCUUGGCUGCUGCCGCAGACCGAGAGGUUCUUUCCUCUCGCUGAGCAGGGUGGAUUCACGGUGACGAAGGUGUUUGAGAAGCUGACGGAGAAGCUCUUGUUUGAGAAUGAUCCUGGGGAUGAGAGAUUGCGAAGAACAGUCUUUGGUUACGAGCUUCGAUGGAAGGAUGAAUUACGAUAG